ACGUGUACCUAGGGUUGUACUGCCGGUAAGCCCAAACCCUCGCCAGCAGCACGUACUGAGCUUAUAAAACGACCCACCGCGCCUUCCCCUUCCUCCCACCGCCGUUCCAACGCCCGCCGUCUAAAACUUCGGUUCGAUGGAACGCCGCUCGUCUAUUUGCGUUUCUCUCCUAUCCCUCCUCUCCUUCCUUCUCUUACCUGCGUCCGCUCGGUUGGAUCCGGUCCUUCGGUUGCCGUCAGAAAUCUCCGGCCGCCGCCUGGAAGCCGGCGGAGAUGAUUCCGUCGGGACGAGAUGGGCUAUCCUUAUCGCAGGAUCGUCCGGCUACGGAAAUUACCGGCAUCAGGCUGAUAUAUGUCAUGCCUAUCAAAUCAUGAAAAAUGGUGGUUUGAAAGAUGAAAAUAUCAUCGUUUUCAUGUAUGAUGAUAUUGCAUACAAUGAGGAAAAUCCCAGGCAAGGAAUUAUAAUUAAUCGUCCUGAUGGGGGUGAUGUUUAUGCUGGAGUUCCCAAGGAUUAUGUAGGAGAUAAUGUUAAUGUUGACAAUUUUUUUGCUGUUCUCCUUGGAGAUAAAAAAUCUGUGUCCGGUGGUAGUGGGAAAGUUGUUGAUAGUGGACCUGACGAUCAUAUUUUUAUAUUUUAUUCAGACCAUGGUGGCCCAGGAGUUCUAGGCAUGCCUACAUAUCCUUAUCUUUAUGCGGAUGAUUUCAUCUCUGUUCUGAAGAAAAAACAUGCUUCCAAUUCCUACAAAAAACUGGUCAUCUAUCUUGAGGCUUGCGAAUCUGGGAGUAUUUUUGAAGGUCUUCUCCCUGAAGAUAUAAGUAUAUAUGCUACAACGGCAUCUAAUGCUGUGGAGAGUAGUUGGGGAACUUAUUGUCCUGGAGAAAGUCCUAGUCCACCUUCAGAAUACUGGACAUGUUUGGGAGACCUCUAUAGCAUAUCUUGGAUGGAAGACAGCGAUAUUCAUAAUCUGAGAACUGAAACUUUAAAACAGCAGUACAAACAAGUCAAGACAAGGACAUCUGUUGAUGAGACGUAUAAUCAAGGUUCUCAUGUCAUGCAAUAUGGUGAGCUUGGUAUCAACGAGGAAAAUGUUUUCUUGUACAUUGGUUCAAAUCCUACCAAUGAAAACUCUACUUUCAUUGAGGAUAAUUCUCUUCCGUUUUCACCAAGUGUUGUGAACCAGCGUGAUGCAGACCUUGUUUAUUACUGGCAUAAGUUCCGUAAUUCACCUGAAGGAUCAUCCAAAAAACUCAAUGCACAGAAAGAACUGCUUGAUAUAAUGACUCAUCGUAUGCAUGUUGAUAAAAGUAUAAAUCUCAUAGGGAAGCUUCUCUUUGGAUCAAAGAAAGGCAUAGAAGUCCUUACUGCAGUUCGACAGACAGGGCAGCCACUAGUCGACAAUUGGGCAUGCUUAAAAUCAAUGGUUCGGACUUUUGAAACACACUGUGGAUCUCUAUCUCAGUAUGGCAUGAAGCACAUGCGCUCUAUUGCUAACAUUUGCAAUGCUGGCAUCAGCAAGGAAAUAAUGGCUAAGGUUUCUGCAGAAGUUUGCAGCCAGAUUCCAUCCACCCCAUGGAGUUCUCUUCAUAGAGGCUUUAGUGCCUGAAAUGGGUUAUACCAAGGAAGGAAAGCACAAUCCAUUGAAUAACAAAUGUUAUGCUAGCUUGUGGCUAUCUUAUACAGUGUUGUAAAUAGAAUGUAGUCAGCUGUGGACUGAUGUGCACUGAUGGCUGUUAUUGUAAUAGAUCUUAAAGGUAAAUGCCCAAAUUAUUGAAAUGAUUGUGUAAAUGUUAUUAUAUAUCAUUAUGAGGGCAUUGUAGUAAACUUGUUGGGUCCAUAUUUGUGCUUUUGAAUUAUAUAUAUUUCUAUUAUUCGUGAAGUAUUUA